GUGCUCUCCUCAGUCCUCUCUGAUCCUCUUCCUGUCUCCUCUCCGCAGUCCGCAGCUCAACUUCAUUUUCCGCUAAACCCUACGAAGGGGGAGAGAGAUGGCCGUCGCGAUGCUACGGGACCUGAAGUAUGUCGUCGGCUCCUUACUUGGCAAGGGGGAAGUGAUGCAAGAUCUGGAGUAUUCCAUGCGUACUAAGGGAGACUUGACCCGAUUGGAGGAGGCGAGGCUCCGGGCUUUCAGCGGGAUUGCAACAAGGGGAUUCGCCACGGGCGCCGCAAUUUACAGUUUCAUGGGGUGGUUCAUGACCGGCAGUGGUGCUUUUCUAACAGGAAAGUUGAUGUAUUAUAUAGCCUUGCGUAUGUGUGCUCAACUCAUUUUGGAAGUUUACGAUCCAGAAGACCGCAUGAAGAUGGAACUCGCUAACAUGCAUGAAUACUUACUAAGCAUAGUGAUGACAAACCACUGGUUGAAGCUGUAAGAAAGCAAUUCUUUGCUGAGCAUCUGUUCAAUGACCUGCACCAAGUAGUCCACUUUUCAGGUGGCAUCCAUGCAGUUGGUAUGUUGACAGCGCUUUUGUGGAAAGGCUAAAGGAAACAGAAGCUGAACUUAACACCUCUGACAACGAGACAGGAACAUCUUCAAGACAGACAAUAGCAAACAUCAGAUUUGGAGACCUCAUGGAUGACCCGCUGGCUUGCAUGCUUGGUUCUCCAAUAAGGGACAUGGGAAGCCACAAUCCCUCGGAAAACACGAGAGCUGUCCUGAAGAGAACGGAGCCACGAAACCGCAAGAGAAGUCACCGCCCAUCAUCGCCAUCAGAAUGCUGACAAUUUAGUUGCUGCAUCGUGAUGGUUGGACCAUAGCCCAUAGGUGUGGACUGUGGUAUGAUGUUGUAAAUGUUAGCAUUCUGGUCGUCAACUGGAGCAAUUAGUUGUCGGCAUAUAUUUUCUGGGGGUUGAGUAAGCUCAUGUGCACGAGCUAAUUGAAGUGUUUAUCUGCUGUCACGUACACAAUGAUAUGAACGGUAAUUGCUCAAUCACCCUGUUAAAUGCACCCGCAUUCUUGCAAAUGUAUACAACCGGGUUUUUGAAAUGCAAGGUUCUGGUGUAUAGU